UCAAGAGCAGCAGCUUCGGGUUGUUUGAAACAUGGAGCUUAUCGUUGCAGUGAGCCUAUACCAAUGCAUAAUCCGGGAGAAGCGUCAGCCAGACGCGCACUAUCAGCCAUACACGACAAGAAUGGCUGCUGAUCUCAAAUCUCUAAUAUUACUAUUAUCAAAUAUACGCAAACAUGGAACAUUCUCAGAUCUCUUAGUCUUCUGCGAACCUUUCACUUUCAGAGUGCAUCGCUGUAUUGUCUGUCCCCAGUCGCAAUACUCCAAUAAUGCUCACACUUUCGAUGUUUACGACCAAGCUAUUGUCGAAAGGACGGGUUGAAUGACUGACCUAACCGGCUAAGCACAACUGUUCAACUAGCGACUGAAAAAGUUUUAACACUACAACUUGUUGCUGAAUAUAAUUGUUAAGGAUUCCAAUCUGCAAUAUCCACAAGCUGUCCUGUAUUCUUUGUCCUAUAGUCCAGAGAUGAUUGAGCACAGAUUUAUUAUGAUCUUAUUAGAGUUAGGUUUCGUC